GUAUUUUUCUUAUCUAAUCUCAUUCAAUUAAGUUAACAAUUUAAAAUCAACUUUCAUCGACAAUAUAAAUGCACCUAACCGAUGCAUUUUACACAUCACAAUACGUUUAAAACAAACAGCAUUAACAAUCCCAAUAAAAGCGACCGAUCAUAAUGUUGAAAUUAUUAUUCUUGCUUCCUUUAAUGGCUGUUUUUGCUUACGAUGCAUCAGUCGUACUAAAUCCUAGAAUUGUGGGUGGAAGAAAUGCUAAGCCCGGUGAAAUUCCAUAUCAGGUUUCUCUCCAAACCAUCAAAUCGGGACAUCACUUCUGCGGCGGAGUUGUACUUAACAAAAACUACGUACUAACCGCCGCUCACUGUGCGUCAGGCAAAGAUGUUAAGACGAUUUCAGCCACUGUGGGAACGACGGACUUACGAAGACCGUAUGCGGUGCGCCUAAUUGAAUCCUCUUACGUACACAAGCAAUACGAUCGCAAUAAUUCCUGGAUUAACGACAUUGCAUUACUCAAGCUUAAAUCUCCAUUUGUAUUUUCCACUCUGGUAUCCCCCGUCGCAUUGCCGGAACAAAAUCAAACUGUAAAAACCGGCGGGCUAGCAAUCGUGUCGGGUUUCGGCAGAUUAUGGCAUGACGGGAACAGAACCACAGAGCUGAAUCUCGCGAGUAUCAAAAUAGCUGAUCAGGCUUACUGCAGAUUUAUGUAUCAGAAUCGAUCGAAAAACAUCUUCGACACGCAAAUCUGUGCAAACGAGCCGACUGUGGAAAGGGGUUCGUGCAAGGGCGAUUCCGGCGGUCCUCUCACUGUGGAUGGAAAACUCGUAGGACUCGUCUCGUGGUCACAUCGCUGCUCUGACACGAUAUAUCCUUCCGUGUACACGCGGGUUCCGUCGUACGUCGAUUGGAUUAAAAAACACGCGGUGUAAAAUUUGGAACGCAGAAAUCAAUUUUAAUAUCUAACGACGUAAAUGAGAAUCAAAUUAAUUUGCAUUAUUAUAUUUAAAUACUGUAUAAGUACAAAAUUUUCUCUUGGAACAUGUAUUAUAUAUAUAAUACACGUAUCACACUUACAUUACUUCAAGAAAAGAUAACAUGAAAACUAAUAUCACAACAUGCGAUUAUUUAAACAUUGAUAUUUGGCAAGCAAACAACGCGACGAGCGUGAGUUUGAAACAAUUAUUCAGAUAAAUUGUAAAUAUUAUAUACACACACCGUACGUAUCUUGUAAUCUCUCUGCAGUCUCUCGGAUUCUCCAAUAAUAAACGAAUCGAAAAAAGGAAGUAGGUCAAUCAAAGCAAAUCCAUUUAACUAUUCCGAAAAUGUACGCCAAACGUACGAAAUUGUUUCGGAGAAUUAUUUCAGAGAAAUAAUUCACGUUUCUCUCGAAAAUAAAUAAAAGAACUAUUUGCA